CUUCCGUUUCUAAUAAUGCAACCGAAGAAAAGCAAGCUCCCACUUUAGCCGAAGUGGUUAGAAAGUUGGACACAGAAAAUCUUAUCGAAUUUUUGCGUGGGAAGGAAGACUUGCAACUUGACGAAGACGAUUUCAAAAUCCUCCGAAAUCAAGGAGAAAAAAUUGAGGGCGUUUUUGUCGUACGAGAAGUGUUAUUAAAAUAUAGUGAUAGGGUGGAAGCCAUUCCAUUGUUCGAGCUUCCGCGAUAUGAGAUUCAAGACAACGACCAGCAUAUUGCACAUUGCAUGGCAGAUAUUUUGUUCAGGAUGAAGCAUUACGGAGACUUAACUAAGAAAGAAUUUAGCAUGAGACCAGAAUACGAAAUCAUUGGUGAUGAAAGUUCCGGACGAGUCGAUUAUGGAAUCAAGGAGUCUGAAAACCUAAUCUGCGUUACCGAAGAUAAGGUAUUGACACAGAAUGAAUCCGUAUACUAUUACAGUGCCGUAGCACUUUCCGCAAACAAUAUCCCAACUCCUACAAAAGAAAUCGCGGUAUUUGGCAACGUCCAAGUUAGGCCUCCCGCUACCGCCAACCCUAUCCCAGUAAUUAUUGGAACGAUGAUAAAUAACGCGUUUUGA